ACCUUUAACCCGGAAAUACUACUGUUGUUGUUUUCUUUUAGCUAUUUGCUGAAUAUUUCGGUACUUCUGAGUUCUGACCAGUUUCAUAUCUAUUAUUUAUCUACACCGUGCAUGGACUGUGAUUUAUAUGAGUGUAUUACCUGCACUCCGCGGUGUUUAUAAUGGGCUGGAGAUGAGACAGUGAAGCAAAACGUUUGCGUGAUCACCUUAAGAAGGAUAGAGGCAGCCAGACAGGCCUAGCGGGCUCGGUGAGACGCUAGCUCACACCUGUUGAUUCGGCCACACAAAGUAACCCAAGCUCUUGUGAUUCUGGUUCUUCCGUGGACCGUAUAAUAUUGCAGAAUGGACAGCGAAGUGCAGCGCGACGGGAGAGUCCUCGAUCUAACAGAUGACGCCUGGCGAGAGGACCGCCUGCCGUACGAGGACGUCAAAAUACCGCUGAGCGAGCUGCCAGAGGCUGAACAGGAUAAUGGGGGAUCCACGGAGUCGGUCAAAGAACAAGAGAUGAAGUGGACAGACCUGGCCCUGCAGAGCCUACACAUCUAACACACACACACACACACACACACACACACACACACACACACACACACACACACACACACACACACACACACGAACGAGAUGAAGUGGACAGACCAGGGGUCCGUUUCUCGAUCCUUGUCGUUGCUAACUGUCUUGAGACCGCCGUAACACCAUUCCCUUGGAUUCAGUGGUGAGCGUCGCUGUGGAUAGAGAGUUGAGUCGCUCUUACGAAGGACGUUGCUACCAUUGUUAGCAAAGGCGCUUUCGAGAAUGCCACCCCUGGCCCAGCAGCGAUGCGCGAUGAAGUGGACAGACCUGGCUCAGCAAAUUCUACACAUCUAACACACACACAUACACACACAGGCACACACUUGCGCACAAAUACGGAGACAUGAUGGACUGUCCUGGUCCAGGAUUUGAACGUGUAUCCCCCGCACUAUUAGAUUUAAGUGGACUGACCUGACACAGGCUUCUACAUACACACACACACACACACACACACACACACACACACACACACACACACACACACACACACACACACACACACACACACACAGUAAAUAGAACUGAAGGUAAAAUUGAGUAGAGAAUUGUGAGUGCUGUGUGCUUCAGCUUGUGUGUGUUCAAUACUGUUGGUCUGACUUUGUAACGAGGUGUCUCAUUGCAAUAAAUAGGUUUUUAAAUCAUUUGAAA